AUGGGACAUGAGGAGCAUGGAGGGACUUGGCACAUGGACGCAGCUCAACUGGAUACGCAAAGGAAGAAGGGAGAAGCCAUCUUGAAGACCAGCUCGACCGUCUACUCGACCAACCGGUCGAGUUCCUCAACUCGACCGGCCAAGCUUCAACUCGAUCGAGCUGAGAAGUGUAUGCGAACUCGAUCGAGUCGGUCUAUUGAGGACUUGGUCGAGCUAGACUUUACAACGGGUAGAAAGAAGGGUUCAGAGGUCACAGAGGGUACAAGGGAACCUGAGGUGCUUGUUGCUGAUACAAUGGAUGUACCAGAGGGGAAUGGAAACCCUUUGGGCAAUGGACUCGGUCGAGCUAGGCAAACUCGACCGAUUGGUCAAGGAGAUGCUCCAAACCGCCACCAACAGAGACAAGGGAUUGUUCCACCACCAGUGCAGAACCACAACUUUGAGAUCAAGCUGGGAAUGAUCAACCUUGUCCAGAACAAGAUGUUCCAUGGAUUGCCAAGUGAAGACCCCAUUGACCACCUUGAUGAGUUUGAUAGGCUUUGUGAUUUGACAAAGAUCAAUGGUGUCUCUGAAGAUGCCAUCAAGCUGAGACUCUUUCCUAUGUCUCUAGCUGACAAAGCUCACCAAUGGGAGAAGAGCUUGCCCCAUGGCACAAUCACCACUUGGGAUGAAUGCAAGAAGGCCUUUCUUGCUAAGUUUUUCUCCACCGGUCGCACAGCCAAGCUUAGAGGAGAGAUAUCCAGCUUCAUCCAGCGAAACAAUGAGACAUUCGCAGAGGCUUGGGAGAGGUUCAAAGGGUACACAAGUCAGUGCCCACACCAUGGAUUCAACAAUGAAUCACUACUCUCUACUCUUUAUAGAGGAUGCUUGCCUAGGUAUAGGGAGAUGCUAGACACAGCUAGCAAUGGGAACUUCCUCAACCAGGAUGUAGAUGAUGGCUGGCAACUUGUGGAGAACAUAGCUAACUCAAAUGGAAGCUAUGGAGAAGAGUAUGAUCGCACCAAUCGGAGCUCGACCCACCACUCGAUCGAGUCAGACAAAAAGUUGAGAAAAGAUGUUAAGGCAUUGAAUGAGAAGUUGGAUAAGCUGAUCCUAGCUCAGUCCACAAUGAAGAAAGUCAACUUUGUGUCUGCUGAGGAGAUGGAACCAGUCCAAGAAGGGGAGGAUACACAAUUUGCUGAGGUGUGCUACAUGAGCAAUGGGCAAGGAGGUUACAACAAAGGAUACUAUAAUUACAAGUCCAACCCUGCCAUGUCAUACCGCAACACUGAUGUUGCUAACCCUCAGGACCAAGUAUAUCCUCAACAACAAGCAGCUCGAUCGAGUCAGGUGCCACAACAUGGGUAUGGUCAAAAGAACAAUUACCAAGGACCACAAGGCACUUUCCCUGGACAACAAAUGAAUAUCCACCAGGCUUCCCCACCAACCGCCCCAGCCUGCACCUUCACAAGAGAAUGA